AUGUUAGUCCAUAUUGUACACACAGUUAUGUGUUUUUCAAAGAAAUCGGGAUUACUCCAACUAAUAAUCAUAUCAUUGGGUGUAUUGAGAUUUUCUACCGGUUUUACGAUAAAUCAUAUAAAUGGUACAGUUGAACAAAUAGAUAAUAAUACACUAUAUCAAAUAUUGUCAGUUCAACGACAUGUUGUUGUUUAUUUCUAUGAUCAUGGUCAUCAGCAAGAAUCAAUUUAUAAAUUAUUUAAUGAAACAUCUCAUAAAGUAGAUGAAACUAUGCUACCAAUUUCAGUAGUUACUGUAUGUGCAACCUUUUAUGAUGAGAUUGAAAAGAAGUUGAAUAUUUACAUACCAUCAGUUACAUAUUUUCGUGAUGGUGGAAAAUAUAAAUCCGAAUAUAAAGAAUUAAUGAAAAUCAAUGGAAAUCAUGGCAAUCCAAUAUAUGAAUGGAUAAGACGAAAAAUUGGUUCACCAAUAAAAUUAUUAAGAAGUAUUAAUGAAACCAAUGAAUUUAUUAUGAUCAAUAAUCUAGUUGCUAUCAUAUUUAUGAAAGAUUUAGAUGAAAAAAUAAUGAUGAAUAUUAGUACAGUUGCUGAACAAGCUGAUCAUAUAGUAUAUGGCUUAGUUUAUAAUGAAACAAUUUUCGAUCAUUUCAACAUAACAAACCAAAGUUUAUUGUUAAUUAGAAAAGAGUCUGAAGAGACUGAGCCAUUUCGUUUAAUUUAUUCAGAUGAUUGGAAUAUUGAAUCAUUAGGUUCUUAUUUAUUUAUUGAAUCUUUACCAAUUGUUAAUGAAUUCCAAUUUGGUGAACUAACUUACUUUGAUAGUGCUACAAUCAAAUAUGAUACAUAUUUAUUUCUGAUACAGUCUGAUUUUGAAUUUUCAUUAGCAUUAGAUAAUUAUCGAAAUGCUUGUAAACUAUUUAGAAAAGAGAUACGUUGCUAUUUUGUUGAUAUGGCAAAUGAAAUUAACUUGAAAUUUAGUCAGCAACACGGUGUUCAUGUUGGUUAUGGUUAUCCACGAUUUCAAUUAGUGGCUACUUCCAAAGAGAGGUCACGAAUUCGUUAUCGUCUGAAAGGACCUAAAUUUGAAUUUGGACGGAAAGGAUUUAAUGAUCGUGAUCUGUUGAAUAUGAUCGAAUCUCAAGAAAUUGUCAACUUUUUUAACCAACUCCUACAGCGUGAAUUAUCACCUUACUAUAUAAGUGAAGUUGUACCAGAGUAUGAUGAAAACGUCAGUGAUGAUUAUGAAAAUAUGGGACAUAUUCCCUUGUCUUGUAUGACUAAAACACCACCGAUGAAAUUAAAAUUUAUACAUAAAGUUGUUGGGGCAACAUUCAAAACAUUAGUAAAGAAUCCUGACUGGACAUCUGUUGUUUAUUUUACAGCCAAAUGGUGUAUGGGAUGUAAUCGAACAAUUCAUGAAGAAUUUACAAAAUUAUCACAAUAUUAUCAAGAACUUCAUCGAACCGAUUUAUUAUUUGGUUAUUCAUAUUAUGAUUUAAAUGACUAUGAAGAAUUAACAGCUACUAAAAUGCCUCGAAUUAAAAUAUUUCCUAAACAAUCAAAUGAACAAAUCGAUUAUGAAGGUAAAGAACAUUUUGAUAAUAUAAAAGAAUUCAUUGAAACUGUUGAGCGUACAGUCAAAUAAUGGUAAGUGUUUAUGUAUGUUUGGUAAUUUAACCUAUCUUCAAUUUAAUGAUGAAUUCGGGUGAAAAUUUAAAUAGGUAAUUAGAUCUUGUUUAAUGUUUUUGGAUGAAUUCAGUUAACUCAUUCAUUUUUGUUACGAUAUUUUUAUGCUGUGUUCUUUAGUAAAAAAGAGGUGAUUACAAACUAAUGUUAAGUUACUAGUGCUUCAAAAACUGAUUAGCUUGUAAUCUUGUUCAAUACAUUUCUUAUGCUUAUGAACGGAAUAAUUAAUGUUUAACAGCUAAGUAGAAUUGCGAAUUUUAUUCUAAAAUCAAUAGUUUAUGGGGCGAGACCAUAAUUUGUGGAUGACCUUUGAACGUAUAUUAAAUUAUCUUAAGAAAGUUCACUCAAUCAGAAAGCAGUAGGUAUAGAGUAAGAAUAUAUUAUAAAAAAUAAAAAAUUAGUGGGGAUACACUUCUUUGACAUGGUUUAAGGACUUCUCAAGUUUAGAAAGAGGCUCUACAGUUCUGAAGUCGUAAUGUAUACGAUACAGGAACUCGUCCAUACACCUCCAUAAUAGUCAACCUCUGGAACCAUGAUAAGGUCGCAAAAAUUCUUCCAGUCUCAACCACAUUGCUCCUAUAUUAUUUGUAUGCACUCCGGUGGUGGGGUCUACAAAAUUUCACUUGUUGACGAUGACACGAUACACGUGAUCAAGUCUAUGUAAACAUCGAUAUGCUCUCCAGGCAUCUGUAUAUACUGUGGUUCCCGGCUACACAUACUCUCGUAUAGUUGGUAUUAUGGUUGUAGCUUAUCGGUUUCUAACGCUCUGGAAUUGUCAUUUUUGGGAUGAUCUAUCGUGUAUACCAAGGGCCUGUUAAGUAUAUUUAUGGAAACCCUACUUACCCAGUCUUUUUUAACACUUCGUGCUCUAUUGAAUUUAUGUUUUCUAACAACCGUCCCGUCUAUAUCUAUGAUUCUCCCACCUCCUUCAAACGAUUCAUGAAAGUAUGUGAUUUUUAUGUCAUAUAUCUCGACAGUACUCAUGCCAUUGAACUGCCGAAGCUUCAGUAACAUCUGCAAAGGUUACAGUUGGUGUUAUUGGUACUUUUAUUAUCCAGUUUGCAACAAUCAUCACAAUCUGUCUUAGUCUCAAUCGGGAAUGAGAGAAAAAGGUUCCCGUUCUAAAACACGUUUUCCUCAAACAUAUAUUACGUCAAAAUACAUCAUCACGUUAGUUUGUACAAGGUUCAGGAGUCAUUUGACCACUGUAAUCACAAAUAAAGAAACUUCUCACUAAUCCCAUCCGUUGUAGCCGCUCAAUUAUAACGUCUUUAAAAUCCUCUGUAAACCGAUCGUAUAUGAUCAUUGGAUACUGAAAUAGGUGCAAUGGCCUUGAGGUCGCUCAGCAGUUUCUGACUGGUUCGUCCAUAAUCAAGAAUUCAAUAGAAACAUGCUUAAAUAUGUGUAUAUUAAUAAAUGACGACUGUAAGUAGGAGUAUUGUGAUAAUAGGUUUCGAUUUAUUCUCUUUAUCCUGUGACUUCUUUCUUCUUUGUUUUACAAAUAAAGCAGUCAAUUCUUCGUGAUCUUGUUAUGCAUGCUGAAAUAAACAGUUGUACAACCGAAAAUUAUCUUCAAUCACAGAAAUGUUCUGAAUACAAUUUAGAAAAUUGACUUCAUUAAAAACGUUAUGCAUACAUUACAUUUCUUUGUACAAGAAAGAAUAUAUUUUUUUGAAAAAUUCUCAUGUCAUCUUUAUUUGAUAAUGAUUAUGUUAAUCUCAUACUUCCUUUCAAUUCUUCUAUAACCUUAUUUCUUACAAUAAAAAGAACCUUUUCAAACUGAAUGUUCCA